AGUUCUGGGUCUCAGUUGCGUGGAAAUGGGCACUGGUGGGCGGGGUGGGCUACGGCCCGGCAAGAGGAAUCCGGAGGGGGUGACAGCGGACCAGGAGAACACCGAAGAGGUGUCAGCGACUCCUACUGCUGCUGCUGCUGCCGCCUCGGCCGUCUGCCAGUACAGAUGUAUCGAAUGCAAUCAAGAGGCCAAGGAGUUGUACCGAGACUACAGCCACGGCGUGCUGAAGAUAACCAUCUGCAAAUCCUGCCAGAAACCUGUAGACAAAUAUAUCGAGUAUGAUCUUGUUAUAAUUUUGAUUAAUGCUAUUCUAUGCAAAGCCCAGGCCUACAGGCAUAUUCUUUUCAAUACUAAAAUAAACAUGCAUGGAAAACUCUGCAUAUUUUGUCUGCUUUGUGAAGCAUACCUGAGGUGGUGGCAGCUUCAAGAUUCAAGCCAGAACACUGAUCCUGACGACUUCAUCAGAUACGCGAAGGAAUGGGAUUUCUAUAGAAUGUUUGCAAUUGCUUCUCUAGAACAAGCUGCCUUUUUUAUUGGCAUUUUUACUUUCCUGUGGGUAGAACGAUCCAUCACAACGAAAAAAAAACCCAACUUGGUUUUGCUGCUGAAAGCAUUGUUGUUGUCUAGCUACGGAAAACUCCUGCUGAUCCCAGCUGUCAUUUGGGAGCAUGAAUACACACCACUGUGCCUGAGGCUCAUUAAAGUAUUUGUCCUUACAUCAAAUUUUCAGGCAAUUAGAGUGACACUGAACAUCAACCGAAAGCUCUCCUUCUUGGCCAUCUUGUGUGGCCUGCUGACGGAAAGCACCAUGGUCCACUUUUUCAAGAGGAUGGAAUGGGACGUUGGAAGUGACUGUGCCAUCUAUAAGUCUCAGGACUUCUGAAGAGUUUUAUUCUUUACUAUUUGUGGCAUGACCAGCUCCAUCUGAGAAAGAGAAGACACAAAUGCAAUCAAACUCCUCAUUCUGAUGAGUAAAAUGAAGCGAAGAUUUGAAUAUACUUCCCGAAAGAGAAAGCGAUGGGUAUGGCAUUCGAAGCCCCAGCCCUACCUACCACCCCUCUUCCACAGACAGGAAACUAAACAGACACAUACAGGAACUCACACAAACACAAGGGUGUUGCUGAAGGGACUGAUGUGCAAUAAUCGAAGACCGACACAUUGCAGACCACUGAAGGCUGAUACAUUGCAGACCACUGAAGACUGACACAUUGCAGACCACUGAAGACUGACACAUUGCAGACCACUGAAGACUGACACAUUGCAGACCACUGAAGGCUGAUACAUUGCAGACCACUGAAGACUGACACAUUGCAGACCACUGAAGGCUGAGACAUUGCAGACCACUGAAGGCUGACACAUUGCAGACCACUGAAGACUGACACAUUGCAGACCACUGAAGGCUGACACAUUGCAGACCACUGAAGGCUGACACAUUGCAGACCACUUCAGGUAAGCAUUUAAAUUAAGAGAGGAACCUGUAUUCGUGAUUCACACACAAAAAUCUCCUUCGUUCCUAUGGCAUGCUUACAGCUUUUCAUUUAAAUGUUAAA